AUGAGCCAGGUUAACGAAUAUGAUGAUAUAGACGAUUUCUUUUGUAAUGAACUUCCUCAUGCUGAUGACGAUGCAUUUAAUACCAAUAUUGCGGUACCUGUCACUCUAUUUGGUAAAACCAAGGCUAAAGCUAGCAAAUGCGAAAGCGAAGUACGCGAUAAUACGGUGUCACCAUAUAAGGGUGAAUUUAAUGAAAAAGUUACCAAGGACACUAGAUAUCUAAAAAAAGGACGACAGCUUUCCCACAGUGAGGAUGAAGUUAGUGUGGCAUCCUUGUCGUCAACACGUUCUAGAUCUAGCUCGUCAUCUUCUGAGUCCCUAAGCUUAUUAAGGAGGACUAAAAAACUCAGACCAAGGAGAAGUGAACAAAUCCAGGAAGAUAAUGACACAAAUAGUGAUACAAAUAAAUUUUUAGCCGAAAUGGAAAGAGAGGCCGCAUUGGUGUCAGUUAAACAGCAUAGUUCCUCCAAGAAUGAAGCAAGAGGCAGCCAGUAUACAAGUAAUCGAGUUUAUAAUAUUGGUUUUAUUUCAAGGCUAAGUGGGACAUCUGGGAAGAAGAUCAUUGUUAAGACUACCGGGGAUAAGAAAUUUCUUACAAUGUUACCAAUAGCACUUUCAACAUUUGUGAAACAAUACCGUGUAUCUAGGACUGCAGCUCAAAAGUAUAAAAUGGAUGAUAUCAAGAUUUAUAGGGAUGGCGUGGAAGUGUUCAAGUUUAUGACUUGUGACUCUUUAAACAUAUCUGAGAGCGGUAGCGGAAGUGCAACAGACAUUGAGAUGUACAUUGUGCCAAAUCAAGAUGCGGAAGCUUUUACUGUGGAGUGGAAGAAGAAGUAUGAAGAACGUGUCAAAUACCUCUCUGGGUUUCCAGUGAAUUUAGAGAAUAAUGUCAACAAAGAUGAUAACGAUGAUUUUCGGGUUAAUGAAUAUGAAGAGGAUUUGGCGAACGCAAGAUCCCUUGAUGAAUCUGAAAUACUUGAUAAAUCCAAUACCUCUUUAGUUGAACCCAUUUUACAAAUUGCUUUAUUAGGGUCAGACAAUAAAAAAAUAUAUGUGAAAGUGAAACCAUCAACUACAUUUAAUAACGUCGGGAACCAUUAUAGAAAUGCUAAAGGGCUGCCAUCGAGUAGUAAAAUUGUAUUGAGCUUUGAUAAUGAGGAAUUAGAUUCCUCGAGCACUGUUGCAGACGCUGAUAUUGAAGAUGAUGACAUAAUCGAAGUCACAGUUGUAUGA